UGAUGCCUCUUCAGAGGUUUACUUCGGGGUCGGUGACGCAGGUGGAAUUGCAGCCGGGCCCGUCGAGGGGCGUUCCCGUCGUGCAGGGUCCGAGAAAGGUUUCGGUCGUGAGUGAUCGGGCAUAUGGGGGAGAAGCGGAGCAGUUGGAGAUGGAAGGAGGAGGAGGAGGAGAAGGGAGAAGGCCGUCGAUGAUUUCAUCGUUGGAGCAAGAAGAUGAAGAAGAAGAAGAUUGUCAUCUUCGGCAACAAAAUCAACGACAAUACUAUAUUGACCACUCCGAUGUCAGCUCUCUACAUGAUUCUCUGCACGAGUCUCUUCAGGACUACUCUCUUUCUUCCCACGAGCAUCGCCGAUCAACAACAACAACAACCACACACGAAGAAUCCUCCGACCGCAAAACCAGCACAACAACCUCCAACAAUAAAGCUCGCAAACUCCUCGGUGUCGACCGUCCAGACUCCUAUCCCGGCCCCACAGGUAGACUCGGCUCAACCUACACCGAUUACGAACGAAGAAGCCAGUCAUACCUCACUACUGGUGGUGGUGGUCGUGUCGGGGGACCACCACCACCACCACCCACCACCUACUACCCAACCCAAACCACCUCCUACGCACACCCCGAUCCUCUCGAACCAUUCCCAUGCAAACGUCGCAACGCCGCUGCGCAACGCAGCGGCAGCCACGCAAUCGACUACCGGCCCCGAUCUUGCCUGGUAGGAAUUCCGCACGACGAAGUCAAAGCUCGUAAAGUGCUCGACUUGGCUCCGAGGAUUCCUGCGGAUUGGGAUCAACAACCACAACGUCGCCGACAUACAUCCAUCAUACCUGCUGCCACCACGACCACGACCUUGACGACAACAUCAACACCUGCAACCGUAAAGCGAGCCAGUGCCAUCAUCUCCCCUUUCGCCGUCGCAGAAUUCGAGGAUCAGGAUCUCGAAAACGACGACAAUGACGAUGACAAUGAAGUGAAAAUCGUCACGACGUGUAGUGGACCCGUAGGGGAACUAGCAGGAGAGGAAACGGGACCGGAGUUUGCCAUUCAGUAUAAAGUGGCGGGGAAAGUCGUCAAGAGAUGUCCGAGGAUGAGUGGGAUUAUUGAGAAUAUUGGUAUGAGGAGGAGCUGGAGUGCGUAACUAAUGAUGACGAUGAUAUCGUUGCUACCGCAGGUCCUUCUCUCGUUGUUUGGUUAGUGUAUUGACUGCGAUCCUUAUCUUUACAUAAUUGAGAUGAAAUGAAAAUGAGACUGGUCAAUGUUGAGGGUUGCUUUUUGCUCCAUCGGUCAUCGUCGAUUGGUUGAGGAUUCCGCGUAAGGUAUCAAUGAUCAUUAUCCUCAGAUUUUUGAGGCGGAAAAGCUCUGUAAAUUCUGACCCGAUAGGUUAGCUGCUCAGCAUUGUGUGCAACUAAAAGUCAGGAGAAAGGCAUCGAAAUUUCUGCUGCUGCUCGCUACGCUGUGUACAUCCCAUAGUGAAGUCGUAUACCAGCCGGAUGAAGCAACCAUUUCCUCUCAAGUCUUGGAAGCGUCGCUCGUCAAGUGUUGUCUCGAAACGGACUUAUAGCUCAUGCGAGCCAGGAUCGACGUGAAAGCUCGAGACGACUCCAAUUGAGAGCCAUAGAUACGCUUUGCCUUUGUCCUGUGCCUUUCGCAAGUGAGUGAUGUGCUUGCUGUGAGCUCUUCGUACUCAGUGUAGUGAGGAGGGAUAUCUGCUGUCUAAUGUAAACUACCAGGCACACUCACAAGAUGUCUGGCGAAGGCGACUCAGGCCUUAUAUGGCUCAAAGAUGGAAGGCUUCCCGUCCAGGAGACUCAGCCAAGAAAGUACGACCCAGAAACACACCAGUUUCAUAUCAAGAUCGCAGAAGUGCCAGCAAACGACUCUGGAUCCGGCCCAGUGACGCGCAAUCCCAAAAGCGUUCCAGCGAGAGAUGAUCUUGCUGCCGUGUCUCAGAUUCGAAACGUAUGGAUCGUCACCAUCAUGAAUGCCAUCUACUCACUGCCAAGGGCACAGCCACCAGCUGGCUGCCUUGACAAGGAGCAGUGGCUCACAAACGAGGUGGCAGCCGAUGCGGAAAUCGCAGCAAUCUGUACCGAUAAACGGAAGCCACAUGAGCUCGAGAAGCGUGCUGUGGCGAUAUGGGAGGAGAUAGUUCGGUGCCAGAAGUACGGAACUUGCGAAAUGCAGAUUGAUGGACGUAUUUACAGGCCCCCAGGCAUGACCUGUAAUGAGCGCAUCCAUGCUGUACUCGAGACCAUUGCUUCGUGCCGCUGCAUGGCCCUUAGCGUCUUGAAUGGUUCCAGCUAUCGGGGACUGGUAAGCGCUCCAGCAAUUCGUCGCGGAAAAUUCUUCCACCAGGUCUGCGGCCAAGUAUUUGAGCUGAGGGGUUCAGAGAAGAUGCGACAGAUCUUGGGCACCUGAGAAAGGAUUCAGGGCGGCUGCGAUGGGUGUCAGGAGCCGGAUUAGGCGCUUGGGAUCGUCAGCUGCUUCAGCAGAUUCAAUCGAUCAACAUGACUUGCGAGGAGUCUGGCAAUGUUGGGUUCCGUAGCUUGAGAUAGGAGUAGUCGAGUAGCAGUCUCGUAUUGGUCGCCAUUUUUCCAAAAACCAAAGUUAUCCCACACUCCCUGCUCUUGAGCUCGAUCUCUUCCCAACUUCCAGCACUUGUGCCAAGUGUCGAGCGCGAGUCGUAUGUCCGUCGAGCGGGCGAGAAUGUUCUUCGAAGACCGUGGGCCCCAUGUGCACAAGGUGAGCGUAUCGUUGGUGAAACGAUAUAGCAUAUGAAUAAGAAUAAAGGUGUCCAGCAUAGUCAAAUCUGGUGGCUUUUCGCCGGGUUCCGUAUUGGCCUUGAAAAGCCAUUUGAACGCCUGUUUUGGCCCAAUUGUCCGUUCGAAACAGAACUGAGGUAACGUGAAAGGAUGUUCGGCAUCAAAUACAGCUUCGUCACAGGGGAAAUCACAUUCGAUCUCGGGACUCAGUAUUCGCAAGGGUAUGCCACGAAAGAACAGAAAAGCACAAUCCAGCAGAGUAAGAUACGUAGCGGCGCGAAUUCGAGUUUCGACGUCUAGCCACGCGCGCUCACUCACUCUGUCCUCGAGCGUGUGAGUCGUACGCAGCAAGUCUAUGUGAUAGGAGGCUUCAAUCACCUGGCCAAAGCGAAGAGUCAUGGUUCGGUGCUGAGAUUGUGCAUUGCCAGUCCAGAACUGAAUGACAAUCAUGCAUAGACAUGCUUGUAUGCUUUGGAGCGUAUUCUCAUCUUGCUGGUUGUGUCGUAUACAUUCAUUGCGUGGGACUAUUGGCACCUGCUCGAAGAUGUACUCUUCCGCAUACUGCAUCACUGAUCCAGCCAUUCUCCGUUCGUUUUGAGACGAGGAGUACAUUGCACCCAAAAGGACCACUCCCACCAGAAGAGGGUCACUCACGUGACCGAGGGUGAACGAGGGCCGAUGCACCACUCGAGAGUUUCUGUGCCAAUAUCGAAAGUAGUCAUUGACAUGCCUGACGAGGUUUUUGGCAGUGAAAAUAUGCUCCAGAUUGGCGAGAGCAUUGGAAUUCAUGGCCUGUGAUGAUUUGCGGGCGUGUGCAGAGUCCAUGAUGGCGCGAGGCACUCCGGCCAGCCGUUCAAGGUGGCUGGACACACCAUAUGCGUCAAGAUUCACGGCUACGUAUUCAGUAGUGUCGCUGGCAUUGUACAGCACCUCUGCUGCCACCGGUGCAGCUCCCGACCAGGAUGUAGAGGCGAAGAAGGCGGGGUAGAAGACAUUGUCCAGAAAAUUGAAGUCAAAGUCCACGAGAGAAGGGCUUCCGAGGUCGUGGUCGUGGUCGCGGUGGUGUGCGUGUGCGUGUGCGUGUUCGUGUUCGUGUUCUUGCAGUGCUUGUUCUGCCGUUGGAGGUCGUGGAAAGUUGAAUCGGGCCGAGAAGACCUCUUCCUCUUCAUCACGAAGAAGGAACGACUCUGAGCGGUGCCGCUGCACUCUCGCUUCUGGGUCUUGGGAGGCACUCCUCGACGGCCCGUCGCGGCUCGUGAUGUUGGAGCAGAUGGCGGACUUCACCACACACGUUCCACAUGGUUUUCUGCCAUCGCAAUGCAACUUUUUGUCGACACACUGUCCCACACCAGACGGUCAGAAGGGGCAUCAAACGUGUGAGGAGGCUCAAGGAGCGAGUUUGACGCACGCGAUCACACGAGUGGCGCGCACGUCCACGUGGCCGUGCGGAUGAAUCCACGGGACGUGAGCCUCGAUCAGGGCAGACUGGUUGGUGUCGCCGCAACGCAUCACGGCGCGAGUAUGACCGGCUGCAGAAGUCGCACACGACCGCCAGCGAGCCGUUUCGGCCACGAGCACGAGCAGCACGCGCAGCCAUUUCCUCGUGCGCGUAGGGCAGGCAGCUAGGAGUUCAGGUCGCACACGCAUCGCAUCGUUCCUGC